UUAACAAGCCUGAUUUGACUGGGACAAAUUAAGGGUUUAAAAUGCUAAUUGUUUCUGGUUAUUGAGUUCACACCUCAGUUGGUGUGAAACACUGUACCUUCAGUUCAUUUAACCGCUUUUCCUGAGCAUCUCGAUAUAGGGCAGGACUAUCAGGUAACAUUUGCAUGUGUAAGCCAGCGCUCAUCCACUCUAAACACAAACAAUGAGGAAGUCGCUGAAGCACUGAAACUGUAUGCUACAGCAAAAACAUUUAAAACCGGUCAUUUGUCACGUUGUAUCUCUUUAUCUGUCAACAGUGACUCUGCUCAAGGCUGCCGAUCGGGUGCCAGACAUGGGGCUCUCCUCUUUAACACAUCAGAUCGAUGCCUUAAAUAUUCUGAAUGACCUACGAGCUCACGCGACAACCGGCAAUCGAGAUGGCGAGGGUCCGUGCACCGGUGAUUUGGUGAAGCAGCCCCGCAGACUGAAGACCAUCGCGGAGAGAGCGAGAGAGAGCUGCCUCGCGCGUCUGCUCGAGAUACUCGCGCAACUCAUCGCUUUAGAGGAAGAUUUCAUAAAAGAUGUAUCUUACGGAAGGAGUUUGCUCAAGCAUAAGGACAGUGUUGACUUGAAAAACAUAUGCUUGAGAAUGGCUAUUGCAGAAGGCGGUUCUCGCUCGAACAGAGACUUGAGGGAACUUCGGGACUGUCUUCGGCUCAUUGUGGGUAACCUACUGGCAUAUGUGCGAGAGUUAAACAACCUCUCAUCCGCCGAGACCACUCACAGACUGAGGGAGCUUUUUAACUCCUUCCCAGAAAUCUGAAGAUCAGUAUCACUUUGUGUAUUCUAAGGAACUACCUCAGGAGCAGAUAUGAAUCAAGACACUACCUUUUUUUGAGCCAUGAGCUAUCUGUGAAUAAUCUGUAAUUUUUGAUAAGUAUGAUGAUGCUUCAUAUUCUGAUCGAAGGUGUUGUCUGUUUUGCCAUGAAAGCUGCCUAUAGAGUUUGCUUCAAAUGUAUUGUUCUGCCUGAGUCAGUACUAAAGCCCAAGGACAACAUUCUCUCGACACAUACCAGUAUCAUGCAUCUGUGCUCAGCUGACUAACGGGUAAAACAAGUCUAACAGCUGAUGGUGAUGGAUUCACUCUCAGCUCAGCUGGUUGGAUGGCUGUCACACCUCAGGACAGGCCUUUGUCACCUGCUGAGAUGAAAGAGUUAAGGAGUGUAUUGGGCAGGGGAGGGUGUGUGAAAAUAUGCAUUUGUUUAUGUGUAUUCCAACAUUAUGACAUUGCAGUGUAACUAUGUUCCAAAUGGAAUCCUUUUCAGUGUUAGAACAAACACAUUUGACACUGAAUAACUGAUUAUGAAUUUAAGCUAUGACUCUUUUAUUGCUGGUUUGAGCAUUCUGAAAUUAAUAUACACUGUAUAUAUUAUAUAUUGGCUGUGUUUGCCAAUGAUACUGUAGCAUUUGUAAAAUCCUUUCUUGUCACUAGAUGGUGCACCAAACCAGCUUUUUACUAAUAGAAACAUCUAUUGCUUCACUCUCUGAAGAUAAUUCAAGUGUUUUUUGGGGUCUAAUGUGAAUGAACAGUGAUGCUCUGGCCCAAAAAACUACUGGAGAAUUAUGUCAAAAUUGUAAAUGUAUGUAUGUGAACACAUUAAAAUAACAAAAU